UCCAGCUCAAACGACAAAACCCUAGCCCCUGCUUUGCCUCACCAGCUUGGCCGAUUCUCCCGGCAAGCUAUCCUCACCUUCCAUGGCUAGGGCCACGCCACAUCGCUGCACUCGUCAGCGGAAAAAUGUCGUUGAUGAGCAGCAGGCAGUCGAAUCAUCGUCCUCCUCCUCUGCAUUGCCAACCUCCCGGAGGAAGAGGCAGUCGCCGACGCCGGAGAAGGAGAAUGGUUUCUGCGACGAGGUUCCGGAGAGCACUACAAGUGAAGAUCAUGUGACAUCCCGGAAGAAGAUAAAGAGGUCCGCUCCAAGCAGAUCAAAAUUUGCCGGGAAAGGAGUGAAAGAAGAGAAAGAUCAAGAGGUGUGUGAAAAAUCAGUGUCGAAUUCCUCGAAAAAGAAGAAAGAAGCUUCUGCUAAGAAACCUUUGAAUAUACCUCAUAAUGAUCAGGAACAGGACGGGAUGAACGAAGUAAAAGAUCUAGAAGAAUGCGAAAAACCAGUGGCGAGCUCCUCUAAGAAGAAAACAAGGGGUUCUGCUAAGCAAAAUGUAAAAGUUGAACGCGAGGACACGGGACAAAAAGAGAUAAAGGAAGUGAUAGAUCUAGGGGCAUGUGAAGAGCCAGUAUCGAGCUCUUCUAAUAAGAAGAAAAGAACUUCUACCGAGCUCCCAGGAAAGGAAAAACACAAGGAUUCGGAACAUGAUGUGCUGAAAGAAGAGGAAAAUACAGAGGCGUGUUUAGAACCAAUGGAGAGUUCUACUAAGAAGAUAAAAGGGGCUUUUCCUAAGCAGCCUGUGGUGGUUGAUGAUGACGAGGAGUCAGUCUGCUACUUCAUUGGAGAUCCAGUUCCUCUUGAUAAAGCUCAAAGUAGAUGGCCAGAAAGAUACACGAAAAAGACUAAUAUGAGGAGGUCUAUAUCUUCGUCGGUCUCAAAAAAUGGAGAUGAAGAUGAGCCCGUCAAAGCAAAAUGUCACUAUUACCAGGCGAUGGUUGAUGGGAUUACUUAUAGCCUCAAUGAUCAUGCACACGUUAAGGCUGGCGAUGGUGAACCAAACUUUGUUGGAAGAAUUAUUGAAUUUUUUGAAACUAUUGAUGGAAAACUUUAUUUCAGAGCUCAAUGGUUCUACAAAGCUGUAGAUACAGUAAUAAGUUAUCAUUCAAAAGAUCAUGAUGAACGAAGAGUAUUUUUGUCUGAAGACCAAAAUGAUAAUGAUUUAAAUUGUAUUGUUGCAAAGAUUACUAUUGCUCGGAUUACAUCCAAUAUUUGUAUGACUACUAAAUCAGAUGAAAUUCCAGAGUGUGAUUAUUAUUAUGAUAUGUCUUAUUCAACCGCCUACUCCACUUUUGCCAAUAUAUCGAAAGACGAUAGGAGUGAUGUAAGCUCCUUGUCAACAACAUUGAGUAAUGAGAUUGGUGAACGUGAAGCACCAGCAAUGAAUGCUACAUUGCUUGAUUUGUACUCUGGUUGUGGUGCAAUGUCUACUGGCUUGUGUCAAGGUGCCCAUCUCGUAGGGCUUAAUCUUCUCACUACAUGGGCAGUAGAUUUGAAUUCCUUUGCAUGUGAAAGCCUACGCUUGAACCAUCCUAAAACCAAGGUUCGAAAUGAAAAAGCUGAGGAUUUUCUUACUCUCUUGAGAGAGUGGAAGAAAUUAUGUGAAAAGUUUUCAUUGGAUGUCAAUCAUCCACCGAAGCAAAGCACAGAGGAAUAUGAGCUUGGUGAUGGUUAUGACAAUGAUGAUUCAUCUCCCUUGCCUAAUGGAGAGUUUGAAGUUGAUCAUUUUGUUGAUGUUUGCUAUGGAGAUCCCAAUAAUAUUGGGAAAAAAGAAUUGAUGUUUAAGGUACGAUGGAAAGGUUACGGACCAAGUGAAGAUACAUGGGAGCCAAAUAGUGGCCUAAGGAAGUGUUCUGAGAGGAUUGAAGCUUUUGUUCGAAAAGGAUAUAAAAACCACAUACUUCCUUUGCCUGGAUUUGUUGAUGUUAUUUGUGGUGGUCCUCCUUGCCAAGGUAUAAGUGGGUUUAACAGAUUUAGAGAUUCUAACAAUCCGCUGGCAGAUGUCAGAAACCAACAAAUGGCUGUAUUUAUGGAAAUUGUGGAUUUUCUGAAGCCAAAGUAUGUUUUGAUGGAGAAUGUUGUGGAUAUUCUAAAGUUUGCUGAAGGGUUUCUUGGAAGGUUUGCCUUAAGCAAGCUGGUGCAAAUGAAUUAUCAAGUUAGAUUGGGCAUAAUGGCUGCCGGCUGUUAUGGCCUUCCACAAUUUCGGAUGAGAGUAUUUCUGUGGGGUGCUCGACCUACUGAGGUUAUACCACAAUUUCCUUUACCUACACAUGAUGUACUUGUACGAGGUGGAGCUCCUGUAAAAUUUGAGAACAAUGUUGUUGCUUAUAAUGAAGAUCAGAAAGUAGUACUACCCACGGCCUUGCUACUUGGCGAUGCCAUUUCAGAUUUACCAAAAGUUGAAAAUAAUGAAGGGAGAGACGAAAUGCCAUAUGGAGAACCUCCAAAAACUGAUUUUCAGUAUUCUAUUCGUCUUACUGCAUCAGAUUCGAUGGACCCCUGCUGCAAUCCCAAGAAGUCACUUCUACAUGAUACACUAUUUGAUCACAGGCCUCUACAAUUAAAUGAGGAUGAUUAUUUGCGUGUCUGUAGAGUUCCUAAAAAGAAGGGUGCCAAUUUUAGAGACUUCCCUGGAGUUAGAGUUGGACCCAAUAAUACAGUGGAAUUUGAUCCAGAGGUGGAACGGGUGUUGCUGCCUUCAGGGAAUCCUUUGGUACCUGAUUAUGCAAUGUCAUUUAUUAAGGGAAGGUCAACGAAGCCUUUUGGACGGUUAUGGUGGGACGAGACUGUUCCUACAGUAGUAACUAGGGCAGAGCCUCACAACCAGGUUAUUUUACACCCUGAACAAGAUAGGGUGUUGACUAUUAGAGAAAAUGCGAGGCUUCAAGGUUUUCCUGAUCACUAUAAACUUUGUGGGCCAAUUAAAGAGAGGUAUAUUCAAGUUGGAAAUGCUGUUGCUGUGCCAGUUUCAAGAGCCCUUGGUUAUUCAUUAGGGCGUGCAUUCCUAGGCCAAAGUGGCGAAGAACCUGUCUUUACACUGCCAACAAAUUUUCCACAAUUCGGCAUAGAAGCUGGUGAAGCAAUGAAUUGAUAAACCGAAAAUAAGAUUCUUAUCGUAUUUGUUGUAGUUUCGAUUUGAAGGUCUGUUAUUCUAUCUUGCAUUUUUUUUUAAAGUUGAAGCUGAGCUAUUUUCUGCCACGACGCAAUUGUAAAAGUGAGCUUCUCGUUUAAUUAUUAUUUCAGAUUUUUUUUCCUGUUAAGGAAAUUAACUAUUAAGGCGUGCUCAAAUAAGUGUUCGUGCUUAUUUUGUUUUUAGAAGUUCAAUAUUCCAAUCUUGUUUUUAUGGAAAUUGUUUGUAAUGUUGAAAGUACUUCGCUUCUCCAAAUAUCGUUGUAAAUAAUCAGUAGUUAAAUAUCACAACUACUGAUUUGUGUUUUGUGCGUUAUCCACAUCUCUGUAUUUCUUUA